ACUCACGCUUCCGAGGCAGUAGCCCCCGGGCCAGCCUGCAGACAGGCCACCGCCCUCCAGCGGUCACCCGCCGCCCGCCCCUCGCCGACCGGACCGGGGCUCCCGCCCUGACCCGCGACCGCCAGCACUGGGCGAGCCGCCCAGCUCCGCGGCGACAAGAGCCACCGAAGCCACCGCCGCCACCUCAGGGCGGGAUCCCGGCGGGUCCGCCCCCCCUCAGCCGGAGCCGCCGCCGAGGCCCCCACGCUUGGCUGCCCCGAGCCGCCUCGCGGAGGGAUCGAAGGCCGCGGGGCUCGGCCCCGCCCCUGUGCGUCAUGGGCUGCCGGGGCGCGGAUUGGCUGCGGCAGCCGCCUCGCCCCCUCCUCGCGCGGCGGAGGAUGUCGCAGCCGCUUUUCACCGUUGUCGUUUGAAAUUCGGCCCAAGAUGGCGGCGGCGGCCGGGUGCGGGGCUGAGGCGGCGGCGGCCAGGCUGGAGGGGGCGGAGGAAGAGGAGGAGACGACGGCCGCGGCGGAGGAUGAGGAGGACGGGGAGCAAGACGGCAGCCGGGCUGGCAAGGCGGCGGGCGCGGGGGUAGCGGCCGGCGGGGAGAGCGAGGAAGAGGAAGAGGAGGAGGACGACGACGACGACGACGACGACGACGACGAGGACGAGGAGGAUGUGGACGUGUUCGAGGUGGAGAAAAUCCUUGAUGUGAAGACCGAAGGGGGCAAAAUCCUCUACAAAGUACGGUGGAAAGGAUAUACCUCUGAUGAUGAUACCUGGGAACCAGAGGUUCAUUUGGAAGACUGCAAAGAAGUGCUGCUUGAAUUCAGAAAAAAAAUUGUGGACAAUAAGCCUAAACCUGUUAAAAAAGAUAUACAGAAACUGUCUCUAAAUGAUGAUGUAUUUGAAGCGGAAUCUGACAGUGACUGGCAAAGUGAAACAAAAGAUGAUGUUUCACCAAAGAAGAAAAAGAAGAAGUCAAAAGAUGGAGAGGAUCGGAGUUCAGGUGACCUGAAGAAGAAAACGUCUAAGUCUGCAAAACUCAAAGAAAAACCCAGAACAGAAUGUGAAAAUUCCUCCGAUACUUUGGUUUUAGAUUCAAAACCAAAAAAAAGGACUUUAGAAACCAAGGAGGAUUCAAAAGACCCAAAGAAACAAAGGAAAGAAGAUCCUAAAGAAGUCAAGAAAAAGAAGGGAGAGGUUAAAGAUUUAAAAAUAAACUCUAAAGAAGAUUUUAAAGAAAAUAAGAAGUCACAGAAGGAAAAGCAUGGAGAUGUUCAGUUUGGCUCAGAGUCAAGUAUUCUAGAUGAUGUAUUUUCUCAAGGAACUGAUAAUGAAAAUUCAGACUUAAAUUCUGAAAAUAAAGAUGAGAAGCAAAAGGUUGUCAGUGGAGAAGAGAGAUUGGAACAGGAAAUUGCUGAAAAGGAUUCCAUUGCUGAUACGCAUCUUGAUGGAUCAGCAAGUAAUGAAGAUGAUAGUAUUGAUGGUAAGGUUAAAAGAAAGAAGAAAAUAAUUCUGAAAGCUGAAGAUUAUAAAGAGGAAGGUAAAAAAGUGGAAAAUCAGGAUACCUAUUUAGAGAACAAAAACAUGCACAAAAAGCAAAAAGAUCAAGAAAAAGUAAAAAUAGCACCAGAAGAGUUGGAGAAAGUAUCACCUGCUUCUUCACCAGUGCAGAAGGGUUUAAAAUUCAGCUCUGAUGAAAGGGGAUGCAAGUCCACUGAUUCAACUGGGGAGUAUCAGGAGAAAGAAGUAAAGAAAAUUGAAACAAAAGAAAAACCUCAAAAAAAAGAGCCUGAAAAAGAAGAAAAGAGCAGAAAAGAACAAAAGGGCCUAAAAACUUCAGAAGAAAAAAGUGAAUAUUCUGAGAAUAACUGCAAAAGAGAAGAAUCUUCGCUAGAAUAUAAACUCAUAGAAGAAUUAAAAUCAAAAGACAGCAAGGUGUACAAGGAAAGGAGGAGCAUAAGAGAUGAAACAGACACAUGGACUUACAUUGCUGCAGAAGGUGAUCGAGAAGUAGUGGAUGUGUGUCAAAUGGAGAACUCUGAUGGCAAGCAACAAGUCUUGAGUUUGGGUAUGGACAUGCAGUUAGAAUGGCUGACGCUAGAAGACUUUCAAAAGCAUCUCGAUGGAGAAGAUGAGAAUCAUGUGUCAACAAAACCGAUAUCAAGUACUCUCCUGAGGGAUGCUGUUAAAAGUGGAGAUUAUAUGACAGUAAAGAUGGCACUUUCUUCAAAUGAGGAAUAUAAUCUCGAUCAAGAGGACCCAAGUGGAAUGACCCUGGUAAUGCUUGCUGCUGCUGGUGGGCAUGAUGACCUUCUCCGGGUCCUAAUCAGGAAAGGAGCUAAAGUUAAUGGGAGACAGAAAAAUGGAACAACUGCAUUGAUACACGCAGCUGAAAAGAAUUUUCUAACAACAGUAGCUAUUCUGCUGGAAGCUGGGGCAUAUGUGAACAUGAAGCAGAGCAGUGGUGAAACUGCUUUAAUGAAGGCUUGUAAAAGAGGGAAUUCUGACAUAGUGCGGCUUAUGAUUGAAAGUGGAGCGGACUGUAACAUUUUGUCAAAGCACCAGAACAGUGCACUGCAUUUUGCUAAACAAUGCAAUAACCUACUGGUGUAUGAGCAGCUCAAGAGUCAUUUGGAAACGCUCUCAAGAGUAGCAGAAGAUACCAUCAGGGAUUAUUUUGAAGCUCGUCUUGCUUUGCUGGAGCCAGUCUUCCCAAUUGCGUGUCAUCGACUGUGUGAGGGGCCAGACUUUUCUACAGAUUUUAACUACAAACCCCCCCAAAAUGUGCCAGAAGGCUCUGGAGUUCUUCUCUUUGUUUUCCAUUCAAAUUUCUUUGGUAAAGAAGUCAUUGCUCGGCUCUGUGGACCAUGCAGUGUACAAGCUGUGGUUUUAAACGACAAAUUCCAGCUCCCUGUAUUUUUGGACAGUCACUUUAUUUAUUCCUUCAGCCCCACUGCAGGCCUUAACAAGCUUUUUAUACGGUUGGCAGAAGCUCCUACUGCCAAGGUGAAGCUGCUGAUCGGAGCGUACAGAGUGCAGCUGCAGUGACCUCACAACUGUGAGCAUGUUGAGUGGACGGACAUUGUUUUGGAUGUACUUCUGAUCUCUCUGUUUAGAGACUGACAGAGCAGUUUGGAACUUUUUGGCACCAUGCUCCUAAGACUGCGUUCCCAUCUCGCUGUCCCUUGCUGGCAGCCACGUAGGAAAGUGUGUGUUGGAGAGGAGCUGGAUCUGCGGCACUGGUGGGACAGGGCUGUCAGCUUUUUUUUACUUUGUACAGGUGUAGAUGUAAGUAUUUGUGCCAAUACAUGGAAUCUGGUUUUCUUUAACAUGCCGAGUCCAGACUGCAUAUUUCAGCUUUUCCACAAUGUGGAAUGGUGCAUAUAAGAACUAUUUAAGGUAACUAUGUGAAAUGUCUUUUUUAAUAGAUCUUUCCAUUUGUAAACUAAAGUUUUCUACUUACUCUAGCAUUUCUAUGUACAAUGCAGAACUGUCAUAGUCCUGGAGCCAUGGGCAGAACUUACUUACACUUUUAAGUCGUUGAGUUACAUUUAACUUUGAAUUGCUGAGGGCUGGUUUGGAACUGUUUUGGUUUGGAACUGUUCCUGCUGCUGUCUACCAACAAGAAAGCAGUUCUGCUUAAAGCGAUUCCCUCUGAACACACACAGUGAGGUCUGCAGGCACCAGCAAUGGCAUUGGGACAGGCCCAGCUACUAGAGGAGCGCAGUCGGAUUCCUACUUACACCAGUGUUUUAAAACUACUUUUGUGUUAGAGAAGCAACUGGUAGUUUUACAGACAGCUUUACUUGUGACUUCUUUGACAUUCUUGGACAUAUGGGAAAAUAAAUACAAGGUAAAAAUAGCAAACCAGAGAACUUGUAACUCCCUUCGGUGUGCAGGCGGUGCUUGAUGUAGGCAGGGAAGAUCCAUCAACAAUCUAUCUGAGAUGUUCUCAGCCUGCCAGAUAAGAAAACGUAUUGUCCUUCAAUGCAGAAAUCCAGUUCCUCAGUGCAAAGAGCUGCUAUCUUUUUUUUUUAUUAUUAUUAUUUAAAUGACAGCAGUUCUGUAACGGUCCUGUGCUACAAAUGUAAUACUUCUGCAUGAAGUAUAGAAUAUUUUUCUUUGUAAAUUAACCAACAUCUUGAGAAGCGUAACAACAAAAAAACAAAAAAAAUAAAACCAGAUUGUGCCUUUGCUGUUCUGGUUGCCACGUGUAGUUUACAUGCCACUAUGUGCCUAUAAUAUUGGAGAAACCAUUGGAGAUAAACUCUUGAUGUAUUUGAGUGCUCGCCAUCAAAACGGUGCCGAUGUAUUCUUUUAAAAACUGUGACUUUUUAAUACAAAGUUCAAUUAACCGCUUUUUCAUUUGGGUUCUUAAAAGUUUUUUAACCUUUUUAUAUGUAAGAGAUUCAAAGUGUGUGGGUACCAAAGCACGCUGCUUCAGUGCUGUGGAAUAUUGCAUCGAGCUAUAGGAAACUAGAACAGCAACACGACCUACGACCGCUCACGUUGUUCUGGUUUAGAACAGCCGCCCAUCUUGGGACCACGUGUGGGUCUGGGUCUUUAUAGUUGCUGCGUGUAUCCCCGGACGAUGAACACAGAGAGGGGACAUGCAUGAGUGCUCCCUUACGCUGGGGUGAUGGUGCCCAUGUGUAUGGCUCCCCCUUCCACAGUCACUCCUUGGUGUACAUAUAAGGGGAGCUGGCACAUGCGUGACCAGUUCUGUACAGUACCUGUCUCUGGUAAAUGUUGGAGCUGUUGAAGACAAGGACAAAAGGUUGAGGAACUGAUGUCCACCUUACACAGAUGCUGUUUAGAAACUAUUGUACAGUCUGACCUAAAAAUAGACAGUCAUGGUCCAGGAGCUGACAUCAUAGCAAUUAGUUUGUCAAAGGCUGAUGAGUUGGGGAGUUUGGGGGUUUUGUGUAAGAGACAGGGAGGAGUUCUACAGGACAUGGGAAUAAAAUUUGGGUUCAUGAUGCUUUUAUUAAAGGAUGGAUUUUGUAGCCAUCUUCCUCUUGUAGUUGGCAAUAUAAACUCCAAAUCCCUGCUGAAGAUGCAUAAAAGGCAUGUGAAAAGAUGUUUGAAGCUGGUUUUUGUCUGAUUCUAUUGCAUGGUUUUAUUCAGUUGCUAAGAACAAGGUUUUGGUGGACAAAGGAUGAAGAGAAGGUAGUUACAAUAAAAAUAGUUCUUCAAGUGCUGUUGAGAAAUACCUUUAAAGUUCUUGCUCAGUUUCUUCUUGCUGCUAUUAUGAUGAAGUGCAAGGGUAGUAGUAUGUGUUUCUGGAGGCUUGAGUCUGUUAUCUUUCACUGCUUCAUCAUCAGUCCUGGUGGUCCUGGCCUCUCCCACAGAUGAUGUGUAGUGGGUGAUGCUGACUUUGUCACAGGUCCUCGGUGCAUUUUCUGCAGCCAGUUCUCAAAACCAAGAUGUUUUCCGUUAGUCUGAAUGGAAGAAAGCAGCUUCAACACAGGGGAAGAGACAGGUACCAAAGAGCACAGUGGCUAUCUCAGCCAGCCAGGAUUGCUCCGAGUCCUGGAAGUGCUCUGUCUGUACCUGCUGUAAUUCUAUUGCCACGGCACUGGAAAACAGGGUGGGUUUUUUCCAAGAAUUUCUGUAAUACUUCCUACAUGCUUUGAACAGCAACAAACUGUUCCAUAGCUGGUUACUCGUGCAACCCAUACAGUGGGUAGGUCAGGCCCUGGCAUUGCCAGGCUCCUCUCAUGUGUGGGCCACUGUUAAAAUGACAGGAGGCCCAGCUCUGCUUUUACAACAACCAAAGCCACGUGUGCAGGGACUGGACAUGACAACAGACCAGGGAGCCCCCAGCUGCUCCAGUACUGAGUCACUGCAGUGGUAUGGGAUGUGCUGCAGUGUUUUCAACAGUGACAGGACUGCCCCUGGGGUGACAUCCUGGUCUAUACCACAAACCCCCACUUCCUGACAAGAAGUCUUGUUCUCUUGUGCUGUUCCUUGUACAGACAUCCCAUAGCCAAGAGGAGAGAAUAUGAAUUUGGGGAAUAAAAGCCCAGUUGGGCCUGUGAUGACAGCAGUUGCAUGCCUUGAGCAACCUGGUCUAGAGGGAGGUGUUCCUGCCACAGCAGGGGUUGGAACUAGAUGAUAGAUAUUAAGGUCCUUUUCAAUCCAAACCAUUCCAUGAACGCAGUCAUCUGUAUUAGAGGGAGAAAGCUGCUCUCCCUGCCAGGAACAGUAACAGCCAGAGCCCUGGGGUGCGAAGGCCUUGCUUACAUGUGUAUUUAUUACUGUUUUUUCAAAAAGCUUUACCAAGCUGGUUCAGACAUCGUGUCUGAGGCGUUUGCACAGGAGAUAUGCAAGGAUUUGAAGUUUCCCAGGCUUUCCUGGAUCUGUCGGAUCUAUACAUUGUUUUUUCUGUGGACAGCAGGAUCAAGACCCCUAAACCCAACAAGUGAACAUCACCUCCCAGCCCCAAGACUGGCUCCCUGUGUCCUCCUUCCCUGAAACAAAAGGGUUACCAGGAACUUCCAAUGGUUCCACAUUGUGGGGAAACCAAUUAACUGCAGCAAGACAGUACUGAUUGCACAGGUUUUGUUAGUGGUGUGAUACAACACUUGGAUACACCGGUAGUUAUACAAGAUUUUCUCACUACUGUGUACUGCUAAGGUGAGCCUGGCUCCAUCUUCUCCCCCUCUGUCCAUUACACAGCUGAAGAAGGUGAUCUCCUGCCCCCCGAGCUCCUGUUUUCCAGACUACAAACCCCACUGCCAUCCCCAUGGCUCCUGGGCUUUAACCUCCUGAUCA